AUGUCUACGUCAUCUUUACACGUCUUACCUACCGAACUUUUACAUCGAAUUAUUGAUUAUAUUGAUACAGAAACUGUAUUUUUUUCUUUUCGAAAUGUUUGUAAACAUUUUUAUACAAUUGUUAAUACUUACAAUCAAUAUCAACUCGAUUUUCGUUUAAUUACAAAACCAAAAUUUUGUUUCAUACGUCAUUUUAUUCAACCUGAAAAUGUUAUUUCUCUUGUUUUAUCUGAUGGACAUAAAACAUCUGGUCAAAUUAAAUUAUUUCUUUCAUUGUUUAAUAUAUCUCUAUUUACUCGACUUCGUUCUUUAACUCUUAUUCAAGUUAGUGAAUCAGAUUCAAUUGUAUAUUUACAACAUAUCAGUACGUGUUCACUUGUUUCACUUUCUAUUGAUUAUCGAAAUAUGCCGAGACCAAUCACUACAACAGAUGAUUUUCUCUCGACAAAUCUAGAAAAACUCCGUAAUCUUCGAAAGUUUGAAUUAUCUGUCAGUCGUUUAACAAUUGAUAACAUGCAAUAUCCAAUACAACAUAUGAAACUUACUGAGUGUAUUCUGAACAAAUCAAUAUUUGACAUUCUUCUUCAUUUUCCUCACUUAGAAACAUUAAUGGUAAGUAGUAUUUCUACGCCUAACAUCGAUGAAAAUUUAGCUACUACUAUGCAAAUAAAAUCAAAAUUAAAAUCAUUGACAGUUGAAGGGUAUUCUUUAUGUAUGAAUAUGAUUAUAUCAAUUUUGUUAUGCACACCAUCAUUAAUUCAUUUUAAACUGAUAGCAUGGCCAACGAUGCCUGAACUUUCUUGGAGUGGUCGUUGGUGGGCAGAAUUCUUUCAAAAGAAUUUAAAUCAACUUAAAUUAUUUGAGUUUUUCUUCAACAAACGAAUAGAUUAUAAAGAAACUAAAUGUGAUAUUGAAUCCAUCAUUGCUCCAUUUCGAACAUCAUUCUGGCUAGAAAAACAAUGGUAUGUCGCAUGUAAUUAUUAUAAAAAUACACAUAAAUUAGAACUAUAUUCAAUACCAAUAUGUAAAUCAAAUAUUUCAUACGAAUGUACAACAAAUAAAAUUUCUUCUUCAAAUUUAACAAAUGAUGUACCAUAUAUAAUGGAUAAUGUACGUUCAUUAAGUCUGGAUAUAAUUCAAUCAGCGGCUAUUAUUCGUGAUAAUAAUUUACUAUCAAAUCAUACCUUAUUUUCAAGAGUAAAUAAACUAACACUCUUGAUUACUAAUGAAUUUUCGAAUGAUUUUAUUGAUUAUCUAUUGAAACUUAUCGAUUUUUCGCAACUUUAUACACUUUCAUUGACUUUAGACUUAAAUCAACAAUCAUUUCAGAAUAUUAUAAAAAUUAUUAAUAAUUUAUUAAAUGAAGCAUACAAUGUUCAAUCAAUUAAAUUACGUUCUUCACGACCUGCUUAUUUAAUCGAAUAUUUACAAACAAUUUGUUCAAUGUUAUCUAAUCAAGUAAAACAUCUUACAGUUUACAUACAGGAUGCUGAUGAAAUGCAAUUAAUUCUUAAUCAAUUUGAAAAUUUCUCAAGCAUCACAUUUCAUUCAAAUAUGUAUUGGUAUUCAAAAUUCGAUAAUAUAACUGAAGAACUAAGAAUGAAAGGAAGAGAUUUUAUAUAUUAUAACAAUAGGAUGUAUGCUAGCUUUUGGUUUGGUAAAUAA